GAGCCCGCUUACUCGAAUCCCUGAUUGUAAGAGGAAAAAGGAGAAUCCCCAAUUUAAAACCCUUUCAACUGAAUUCACUUAACUAGCUCUUCCAUUGUUGGUCUUCGAAGUUAAAGUCGAAUUUUUUCGCUGUAAAACGAAGUUUUGAGUUUGAAAAUGGCAUUAACCAACUUCAUAUUAACAGUAGCAGGUGUUAGCGCAGUGGUUCUUUUAUUGCGAAGCGACGUUAAACAAUCCGCUGCGAUCUUUAGGCGCAACGUUAAACAUAUAAGGAAUUGGCUUGAAGAAGAGUCUUCUGCUGCUUCCAAGGCAGCAGAGAAGGCAAAGCCCAAGGAAUUGGAGUCCAAGGUUCCUCCUAAGAAGGACUAGUUUCUUUAUAGAGAGUUUGGGUUAUUUAUGAUGAUAUACAGUUUACAGUUUUGAAUAUCUGGGUUUUUAUUUAGAAUAAAUCUUGAUUAAUGUCUGGGUAUAUCUUCACUUCAAAACAGCUUAAUUUAGUCGUCUCACUUUUCUUUCGGUUUGUUUAUAGACAGACUUCUUUACUUGAGAGUUGAUACUUACAAAUGUCGGUUUUGUUUGAUUAGUAUGUAAUACUGUAACAAAAUAGUAAAACUAUUGCUGCUCGAAGAAGACAGUCAUCAUUUUAA